CCAAUACCUCCUAAACUCAUAUUCAUAGUAUUUUGCUAUACCGCCAAUCAUUAUGGAAGAUAGGGUAGAAGCAACUCGGGCGGCCGACAGUAGCAGUUUUGUCUUCAUCACAAACGACAGACCUCCAAUAGAAACCGGCUCCCCGUCGAAUCAGAGGGGAAAGAAGCGUCCGCAUCACAAGAGCCGCCAUGGCUGUCUCACUUGCAAACGGCGAAGAGUUAAGUGUGACGAGCAGUUCCCCUGUUCGAAUUGUUUGAAGAGGACUGAAAGAUGCCUCUACUCAACAACCGAUAUACACAGCAACAAUGUCAACAAUAGGCUGAGUCCACGCAUUUCUCAACCCAGUAGUCAUCCCGUUUCGGAUGACACCAAGGUCAAUUUACUACACUUAGAGUUAUUCUAUCAUUUUCAAAGAGACAUCAUGAAUACCCUCGCCUUCUCUGAAAUCUGGCCACACGUUCUUCCGUGGUCAUUCCAGGAACCCUACAUCAUGUGCACGAUUCUCUGUCUCGCAGCAACUCAUAUCUCUACCCUACGGCCUCAAGUUCCUCGCUACUCUCGUGUCGCUCUCCAACUGUUAGGAAAGUCGGCCUCGCUCUUUAGAGAAAAGCUCUCUAAUCCUGUUACGGCCCAGAACAUCGAAGCUCUGAUAGCAACUUCUGUCCUCAUGCACUACAUUUCGUGGAGUCAUGUAGAGUUCCUCGAGGAGCAGGGCCAGUUUUCAAAUUACAAAGGUCACGACGAUUUGAUUAUGCGUCUUUCGCAGGACCCCCUCUUCCAGCUAAGCUCCGGGGUACGAGGCAUACUUUCUGAGGCAUACCCAAUCCUCUGUGGUAGCGACAGUGUGUUCCUUUCUGCAAGUCUUUACAGUCCAAGGGCUGCGAUAGAAGAAACUAUCCUGCAACAUGGGGACGACCCUCAUAGAUUUGUCGACUAUUUUAUGGCAAUAUGGGAUGAUCCUCACUGUCAUCCUCAGCUACCUGAGAAGCGAGGAGAGACGCAAGAACAGUUGUCAGCCCCUCCGAAUCUCGAUAUUUCCACCGAUCGGGGGGAGGUGACAGACUAUACUUGCACUAUGGCAAAGCUCAACUAUACGUGCGCAGCUUUCCAAACAUGGACACACUACCCUUAUAAUAACAGGAUGUCCCAAGAGGGACGGGACUUAGGUUUACACAUAGACGUAGCUGGCACCGAGCUAGCACCGGCGUCACCGCAACCCGUCGCGACCCCCCAGCGGAUGGCGUUUGAGCGCAUCGCUAAGAGACUAUCUCUUCUCUUCUGUCUAGCAUCCAUAUCUACUUCUAGUGGGCACUUGUCAUCCCAGAGGUUAAUGCGCCUCCAGCCUGACAUCGAGCGUUGUUUCUUUACCUUCCCUGUUUUGUGUAGCGUCGUCUUCCGUGAGCUCGCCCUCCAGCACGACCUCAGGGCUCUAGUCAUACUCCACCACUUCUAUCAAGCCGCACGUAUUUUGCUUACCAGCUCGACGUCUUGGUGGGCCCGCCAAAGGAGCCACAUCACUGAGUCUUUAAUUCUACAAGACUUGACGUCGAGGGGGUUGCAAAUGUGUAUCUUGGGAGGAGCGAGAGAUGGUGAGCCAAACUAAUAAUCACAACCCGAUUACCUGCUCUGAUAGGUAAAAAUACCUCUACCACAGCCUCGAAGGUAUAUGGGUAAAAUAUGUAGUGUUACCUAUAGUCUGUCACGGGAGGCCCUCAACAAUAAAUUCCAUAAGCAAACGCCUAAGGUAAUAUCAUGUUGCUGCGGCUUGUAGUCAAAGGUGUAUGCCUGUUUUUCUUUUCUUUUUGACCGUUUAGCGAUAUGGCACUUUCUAAAUAUUUUAAUGCGAGCUAGUCUGGAUCUUCUUCUACGGAGGUUUUCUACGUAUGGUAUAUUUGCCGGUCUUGAGCUUAG